UAUCAACAGUCUUACAUCUGUCCAUGCCAUCACAGUACGAGGCGGCACGCUGCCUUCCGUCGCAAAAAUAUGUGCCGAUGAUGACUGAAAACGAUCUUUGCGAAAAUGAUGCUUUCCCGUAGUGCCUCUUAAAUUAAAAUGCGUCGUGUGUGUCACGGCCCGUACAUGGAAGUGCAUCUCCGAGCUUAAAAGUUUGUUGGUGCGACGUGCGGUCGUGCUUCUUAAUCUUGAUCACUGGUCAAGAAAAUUAUUGACACAAGGCCCAGUACAUCGCAAACUGCUGGGCUGCACUGCAACAAUGAAGGAACUGUCAUACACCAGCCUGCUGACCAGCCUGCUGCUGGCCCUGCCUCUGACAUCACUAUGUGCGGGCCAAUCAUCUGCCUCUUUGGUGUCGACCACACCAUCCCGGGCACCGCCGGCAGCCAGCACCCGCCCGCCGACCGCGCCGGACCUCAGCGAUCCCAGCAUCCCCCUAAACCAGCUGGUGAAUGAAAACGCUGUACCGGCGCCGCCGCCCCCGAGGAAUGCCUCGAAUGGCACAGAGGUGGCGGCCGGGGCAUCGACGCCCGCUACGGCGAAGGCCGCCCCGCCGGAGAAGGCCAAGGAGAACAAGACGCUGGACGCUGCAGACAUUUUGCCAGAGGCAGGGGCAGCUGAAGAGGAGCAUCUCAACUCAAUGUCCAUCUUUUUCGUGCUCGCCAUAUUGGCGCUGUGUAUCCUGAUGAUCCACUACAUGAUCGGCUCCAAGCUCCGCUACCUGCCCGAGAGCGUGGCGGUGGUCUUCCUGGGCGCCCUGAUCGGCCUCGUGCUGCUGAUCCUCUCCAAGAGCGGCGUGGCCGACUGGCAGAGAGAAGAGGCGUUCUCCCCGACUGUCUUCUUCUUGGUGCUGCUGCCGCCGAUUAUCUUCGAGUCCGGAUACAACCUGCACAAGGGCAACUUCUUCCAGAACUUCGGCUCCAUCAUGGUGUUCGCCGUGUUCGGCACGUUGAUCUCGGCCCUGGUGGUCGGCGGCGGCGUCUACCUGCUGGGCCUGGCAGACGUGGCUUACCACUUGUCCUUCGUGGAGAGCUUCGCGUUCGGCUCCCUCAUCUCGGCCGUCGACCCGGUGGCCACGCUGGCCAUCUUCAACGCCCUCGACGUGGACCCGGUGCUGAACAUGCUGGUGUUCGGCGAGUCGAUCCUGAACGACGCCGUCGCCAUUGUGCUGACCACCACGGUGCUGGAGUCCGACUCGCCGGCCAUGGCGCAUAUGUCGUCCUCGGAGGCGUUGCUGCACGGCGUUGGCAGGUUCUGCUUCAUGUUCGUGGCGUCGGCGGCGCUGGGCGCUGUCAGUGCGCUGCUGGCCGCCCUGCUCUUCAAGCAUGUCGACCUGCGCAACAACCCCAGCCUCGAGUUCGCCAUGAUGCUGAUCUUCACGUACGCGCCGUACGGCCUGGCCGAGGGCGUUCACCUGUCCGGCAUCAUGGCCAUCCUGUUCUGCGGCAUCGUCAUGUCGCAGUACACCCACUACAACCUGUCGCCGGUCACGCAGAUCACCAUGCAGCAGACCAUGCGCACCCUGGCCUUCGUGGCAGAGACGUGCGUGUUCGCAUACCUGGGCAUGGCCAUCUUCAGCUUCGGCCACCAGGUGGAGCCUGCGCUCGUGAUCUGGUCCCUGAUGUUGUGCUUGUUCGGCCGCGCCCUCAACAUCUUCCCACUGUCGGCGCUCGUCAACUACUUCCGCGAGCACAAAAUCACCAAGAAGAUGCAGGCCAUCAUGUGGUUUAGUGGCCUGCGCGGCGCCAUCGCCUACGCGCUCUGCCUGCACCUGGAGUUCGGCACUGAGAAGCGUCACGUGCUGGUGACCACCACGCUGAUCGUGGUGCUGAGCAGCAUACUGCUGCUGGGCGGCGCCACCCAGCCGCUGCUCAAGUACCUCAGCGCCGACCGGUUCAGCGACGACCUCAGGACACGCCGUCGCCGCCGCAGCCGUCGCCAGCGCGACCUGAACCUGAGCAAGACGCACGAGCUGGGCGCGGCCAUUGACUCGGAGCAUCUCUCCGAACUGACCGAGGACGAGCGCGACACCAACUCCAAUCCGACACAGCUGCGCGGUUUCGCCAAGUGGGACUACCUGUACUUCAAGCCGUUCUUCACGCGCCGGCUCACACAACAGGAGCUGCGCGAGGCUAAGACCCAGAUGACCGACCUGGCCAACAAGGUCUACGAGACGAUCCGGGUCACGCCCGCCGAGUCCGAUGACGAACAGGAGCUGCUGGCGUGAGGGCAUCAUGACGUCAAGGGGCAGAGAGGCGGUGGAGAGAAGACGUCGAUGUGACGUCACAGCGACCCGGCCGCGCGGGUCCGGCGCACUGUCGGUCCUCUAGCGGCGCGGCCUGAAGUCCGCUGUACACAAGGACAGCCGUGAGACACCCCGCGGCCAUAUCCCUGGUAUGACGGCGGGGUGUCUUCAAGCCGGCUGCCCACUGCCAGCCGGGCCGCUGGCCGGGCUGGUGACCCCAGGGGCGCAGGGGACUGGUGACCCGGGAGGUGCGGGGACUGGUGAUCAUGGAGGUGCGGGGCUGGUGACCCGGGAGGUGCGGACUGGUGACCCCGGAGGUGCGGGGCUGGUAACCCCAGGGUCGCGGGGGACUGGUGACCGCGGUGGCGUGGGGGACUGGUGACCCCGGUGGCGCGGAGACUGGUGACCUCGGCGAGCGGGUACAGUCCAAGUGAGCUCAGUGGCGCACGGUUGUGAGGCGAACACUCAAAGUGCCGCAUUCAGACAGGCGGGAGCCAUUCCAUAAACAGACGUCCAAUCACUAGAACGAAUGGUGUUGUUCCUGCAGUCUGUUUGAUUUUCACCCGGGGUCGCGCCUGUCCGUCCUGUUUUCGUGGCGCACAUGAACGCGUGGCACGUGGCGUACACCGGUGAUGCGCGUUCUGCGCAGUGGUCGGGUUUGGUGAACACGUGGUCGGUGCUCGGUUGGGACGGAAAGCCGUCCGAGUGUGGACUCGUCGCACGUGAUGCCAUUGCCGGUUAAAGCCAGACGCACUGGUCGCGGAGGGUUGUUAAAUGGUGCCAGUCAUUGCUGUGGUUGAUGUCAAAUGGUUGUGUUGUUAUUCGGGCAUUCGUGUGCCCCUCUUGCAUUGACAGUCAGGUGGGAGAGGUGCACCAUGGGGACCCCGCCACCAGUGCCUAACCCGCGACACGUGUCGUCUCGGUGAGGUGUUUUCUUAUGUGCUCGGAUCGGUGGACCGGGGUUGCUGCCAGUAAGGUGAUGGCUCGACUGUUUGGGUUGCGGCUUGUAUUGGUCAUUUGUCAGCACAUAAUGACUGCAAUGUAUCAAACUCGCGUUGGGUGUGCGCUUGAAGUACUUACCCGCUGAACUGCGACAGUGGCACUUUCGGCUGAGCCCAGUAGCCUGAUUUGGCGUGAAGUGAGCAGUGGAAUUAAGGGGAACACGGUCGUCCACGGUAAGUUCUGACGAAUAUCGAUCUCGGGGGUGGGGGGCGUGCCAGAUAAAGUGAAUGGCCGGCGCAAGACCGAAUAAAACGCGUGUACAA